AUGUCAGAGGACCAAACCCAGGACCCGGUGUCCGUCCUCCAUCCCAAAGUUCUCCUUCUAUCGGCAGGAUUGACGGGCGGUGCUUUCUUAUCGUACAGACUAUAUUCAAGGUAUGUUCGGCGCAUACGGACAUAUCUUGAUUUAACUCCCAGCAUUCUUGAUGGACAAAGGAAACUCUACGGAAGAGUCACCAGAGUUGGUGAUGGAGACAAUUUCCGUUUCUAUCAUACUCCUGGUGGUGCAUUCAUGGGAUGGGGCUGGGCUCGUCAGAUCCCAACCAGUCGUUCUGCUCUAAAGGAUGAAACGUUGAUGAUUCGUCUCUGCGGAGUGGAUGCUCCAGAAUGUGCCCAUUUUGGAAAGCCUGCCCAGCCGUUCUCGGCAGAGGCAUUGCACUGGUUACAAAAUUACGUCGACGGGCGUUCGGUGACCAUAACGCCGUUUUCUAUUGACCAGUAUAAGCGUGUUGUUGCUCGGGCACAAGUAUGGAAAUGGACAGGAAAGAAGGACGUGAGUGCAGAAAUGCUUCGAAACGGCCUCGGCAUUGUGUAUGAGUCCAAGUAUGGUGCUGAAUUUGGAGAAAAUGAGUCGUGGUACCGGAAACUUGAGGCUACAGCAAAGAGGAGAAAGAAGGGACUUUGGUCUCUUGGAAAGAAGUUAGUGACUCCUGGCGAAUUUAAAAAGAGCUGA